AUGGAGUUUGAGAAGGCGUGGGAGGACAGGAACCCGCGGAAAGCCUACGCUCUACUAAAACAGUAUAGCGGCAAAAUGAAAAGAUGUUCCCAUGUCCUCAACACUGCUAAUGGGGCAGCUGUCGGUGAAGCAACCCUUCCAAUUUGGGAGGAACACUUCAAGACCUUGCUGAACCGGCUAGUGCCAUCAACUCCUGAACUCGAGCAUGUUCAUAGGCCGACAUAUGCGUUAACGAGGAGCCACCGACUGAGUCGGAGUCUGUAUUGA